CCUGCUUCCUUGUAGUAAACUGCAAUAAGCAAGGAAAAGGUCUGUGCCUAACAGGCAAAAUGUGGAUAGGAAGGAACACUAAGAUAUGCUUGUAUAGGUGUGUCAAAUUUAUUUGGAGGUUUAAAGAAACUUUUCAGUAACUACUAGUUUCAGUAACUAAUAAAUUACUCUAACUGGGUAGCUAUUGAGUGAUGGAAAGACCCAUGUAAUUUUUGUCCUGUAAUCCAAAACUGUCGCAUUAAAGAUGUAGAUAAGCCAAUAGCUGUUUGCUGUUGAUGCAGAUACAGACCUAAAAUUUAUAUAUAGGUUUACUUAAGUGCGUAUUAGCUUCAUUUCAUAUCAUGUGGGUCGGGUUUGAACAGCUGUUUCUCUAAGAGUUGAUAGAAGCAGAUAAUAAACUAGUAUGAGCUCUUAAAUCAAGUGAAGAUAUAGAAGGCUGUUAUUUUGGGGUGUUCAAAACAAGGCAGAGCUUAUUAUUCAGCAUUGAAUAAUUACAAGGUAGUGCAAAUAAGCUUAGACCAAAAGGGUGUUUGAUUGUUUCUUGUAUUAAAGAAAUUCCUGUGAAAGCAAGGAGCACCAAAGCCAUCACUUCAUUCACCCCUAUGAUGGAAAGGAGGAUCUUCAGAAAUGAGGCAUGAGUGGUGAGGAACCUCAGCAGUCCUUGCAGGACUUCAUGUCCAGAAUAAUCUCUUUAGAAACAGCCAUUAAAGUACCUGAAUUUCUCUAUAGUUAUUCAUAUUACUGAGAACAUGCAUGUCAUUUGGGGAAAUUUAAGUGAGAAAGAUGACUAGACUGCACUGUAAUGAAGAUCUAGGUUUGUGGGUUUCUUUGAGAGAGGAAAAAUUACUUGUUCAUCAGAGAAAGAUCUAACAUUACGAGCAGAAGAAAGGCAUCUUGGUUAUUCAUGAAGGCAGGUAUAGAUGUAGUAAAAAAUGGAUGCUGGGACACAUAGUAUAAGCAAAGUAUUUUAUCAGUCACCGGACUUCAGAUGAAAUAAACAGUGCUGUACAACUUGGUGCCUGAAAAAGAAUUCUCCUAAAAAGUACAGGGGAUUGAAGAAGGGCAAUAAACUGAGUAUGAGAAAAUUUUUCCUAUAAAGCUACUGGGAAGACCAAGACUUUAGUUCCUUAGAACUAAGGAAAAGACAAAUACUGAGUCUUUGUAAAACUGAGUACUGUGAAGUAAGUAGGGAGGUGGAGAAUUCUCGUUCUGUCUGAUAGUACAAAAGCAGAGGGACAAGUUAACAAAGCUGAAUUUGAGUUACAUUUAGAAUGAAUCUUUAUGCUCAGAACUUAAGCUGAUUCAGAGGAGAGGGUGGAACUUGGACAGGGCAGACUGUUCCAACAUCUGCAUCUCUUAACAGCCUCUUUGGUUUCUGCAGAAACAUCUGGUAUUGGGUGGUGCCAGAGGGCAUUAAAAAGGAUGGACUUCUGUUCUGAUCUCAUCUGAGUUACAAGUGCCAGCAUCUAAAGCUACCGAGAGGAUAGAAAAUGGCUUCCACGCAUGAAUCAGUGUAUUCAAAUGUGACAAGCCUCUUCCAGGGGAGUGAUCUUUUCCUGGGAGAAUUAUAUGAUAAAGGAGUACGGGAUAUUACCAACGAGUGUGUUGAUUUCACAGUAGCUGUUCUUCAAUGCUAAAGAUUUGCCACAUGAGGGACUGAAAUAUCUUCUGAUCCUGUUACUUGCUGCAAGAUAUUCUAAAAUAACUUUAUUAGUGAGCUUUAAUUUUUCAGUGAGCUUUGAUAUUAACUUACUCAAGUGAUGUUAUGUCACAUAUUAUUGUUAAGCUCCAAGUAAUUUACUGCUCAAAAGCUGUUAAGCAGCUGUCAGUAAUGUUUUUCAGUGUAUAAGGAUUUUAAGCAUUUUCUUUCUGAUAUUUGGGCACUGUCUCUUGCUUUGGAGCCUGAACACUGAAGUCCAACGCACUUUCAGAAUUUGUGAAGUGCAUAAAUGAAAGCAAGCAGUUUGGAAAUUUCUACUGUGCAUCACUUUCUUUUGCAUAAAGGAGAGAUUUAGUUGUACAGGAGAGCUAGCUCUACUUUAAUAUUUAGCUCUAUUAUCUUAGAUAAUAACUAUUUAGACUUUGAAAGGGUUUUUCUUGGCCUAAAUCAAUGUAGCAGGAGCUACAAAUGACCUAGAACUUUAAUAGAAACUUUCUUCUGAAGGCCUGAAAAUACAUAUAAAUGUCUAUACAUGUGAACAGAUAUGCAUGUAUGUGCAUAUACAUACAUGUGUAUGCAAAAAUCCAGCCAAAUUGUUGGGAGAGGGGCAAUCCAGCUACUUCAAUUUACUAUGUGAAGCUGUCUCAGCUGCAGCAGAAAUACCGUUGUCAUGCAGAGAGCAAACAGACGGUUGCUUAUGUGACAGGUGUCCUUCUGUAGCCACUGUGGAUCAGAGAUAGAUGGCUGAUGGGGAGAUAUUUUCUCAGUGGGAUGAGUUAUGAUGCAUUACUGCUCCCUCAGCAAUCAGAAGGCUUAAUUUCUUUCUGCUAGGACAGUGGAUUUCAAUCUGUAGUCCACAAGGCUGCUGGGGGUCAGUGACCUGGUCCUAAAGCCUUGAUAGAAUAUAAGUGAGAAAAGUAGACUUCCUGCAGUAGCAUUCAAUUCCAUAGGAGCUUGCACUUUUAGUGGAAAUUUUAGGGGGCUACAAGUUUGAAAAAGCUUGAGAAACACUGAUGAAUCAUGAGAGACACAGUUACACCUGACAAACAAAUGUUUCUGCAGUUGAAGUAGUUAUGGAUUGCUGUCAUACUUUUUCCCUGCUCUGCUGUAAGGUCACUGACUUUUUUUUUCCCCAACUUCUUUAUUGGCAUAAUGGGAAUCUUUCCCUCUCACCCCUUUGAUCUUUAACUGAUUAUAGGACAGAAGUACAAGGCUCUGGUAAUCUGAACACAACAGUGUCAUCCCUUUUUUGUGUGAGCUCAGUGCUUAGGUGUUCAACACAGUAUUGCAAACUUACAUUGAUACUUUCCGCCAAGAAUAACCUGUCAUGAGUUCAACAAUGGAACCAGGGUACUUUCUAGCCCUAACCAUAUACUUACUUUUAUAUUAAAAGAGAAAGAAAAUAGUAGGCAACUUCUAGGGAAGCGGGGAGGUAAUACACGUCUCUAGCAAGUUGGCAGAGUGAUACAGUAGGGUUUUUCUGUGACUUCAGGAGUGGUCACACAGCAAAAAUACGCAUUUAAAAACAGUGCUACAGACACUGCACACAUGGAUUUAGUAACAGGAUUUUUCUGUUAUUGUGGUCCGAGAUAUAUCUAUUUAAAAAGAUGGAAUCUCAUAAUUUACGGCCCUGGAACGCAAAACUGAUACUUGAGAAGUAGUGGACAAUUAUUCAACAACUAACUGCACAUAAAAGACCUCACAGAAAAUAGUUUCCAGAUUCUAAAUUUAAAACUUAAAUUAAAUCUAAGGCUAACACAGGUCACAAAUUUGUACGCUUUUAGGUCAAACAAUAAUAAAUUUCAAACAAUGUACAGUUAUGGAUUUCUACAAAGAUCCUAACAGAAGCAGGCUUCCUACUGUUUUCAUUCCUUUAGUCUGAGGUACUGUAUUACAAGGUGUGCACUACUAAUGCUAUGAAAGAGCAAGGUGCCACUUCACAGAAUCUGAAGCCCCUUUGGACAACUGUUGGUAACCUCUGCAGCUGUUAGUUAGGCCUGACACGUGCCCAGCUCAAGGUACCAGCCCUCUCUGAGGUCUGAGGCAGCAGUGUCAGGCUCUGUGCACUCUGCCAGCCUCUUGUCCCACUCCUCAGCCUCCUGAAGGGCAGUGCCUGCCUCAGACAGUUUGAAAUGUUGAGUGGUACUGUCUGUGCCAGAGUGAUGGUUGGCACGUAGAAGUUGUUGCUGAAAAGCAGGAUCCUUAAGACGGAGGUGGUGUGGUUAGAGGGUACACCUCCUGCAGCUGAGAAAGAUAAGGGCCAUAGUAGGUUGGAUUUUAUCCCAGAAAUGCUUUCAGUACUGAAGAGAAAGUUGUGAAUAGUUCCCAGAUGAUAACAGCUGUGUCUAAUCACAGCACUGCACUAAAAAGCCAACGUGCGUUGCUGUGGUGCACAGGACAUCCAGUCUUACCACAAUCCUGAUCACCGUCUUACAGAUGUGCCUUGAUGGAGCUGUUCCCUAAAACAGGGAUGGCAGCCAAGUGGUAGAUGUACCUGUAAGCUCUCUCUUCCCAGUGCUCUGCAGACACGUACUUUUAGAAAGGCUGUGAUAUGGGGAGAAAAAAAGCUGUUGCAUCAGUGAUGUCUGUAAAUAAGGCAUGUUGCUCUAGGGGUAUAGCAGCUGUGCCAUAGAUGGGCUUCACACUUUUAUACUUAGUGCUAUUAGUUUGCCUCUGUGUUACUGAACAUAGUGGAAGUGAGUUCAUCCCUAGUUCUAGCUUUUUUCUUGGUGUGCACGUGUGUAGCUGUAGUAGCUAUAGCAAGGUACACGCUAAGAAAGGGCACCAGGGCAUGUGAUGUCCUAGUGACCAGCUAGGAGACUAGGAAUUCUGUACUUUUUCAUUUCAGACUCCAAGCUUUUCUAGAUAUUCUUUUGAACUCAAAUAGUAUAUUCCUGCUCUCCACUCACAAAUUAUCCUUUAAUAAAAAAGUGAAUGAAGCAAAAGACAGCCUUUGACCUAUUAAAGCAGUUUUUCCCCCUUGUGGUCUAACCAAAUGAACCUUUUGCUCAACGCAAAUGUCUAUGAUGAGUGUGAAGCUGAGCUGGGGCCCCUCCUCGCUGUGUCUAUUCAGAAGGAGAAACCUCCGUUAAUUUAAAGCUUGUAAAAGGCGGGGAACAUGUUUGUGGUGGGCUAAUAUAUUUGUUCCUCCACACAAGAGCCUCAAAGAGCAGAGGAUGGAUGUCUCAAGGCACCAUUGCAGUCCUCCAAGAUGUGGCCCGUUUCCAUGUUUACUGAAAUCUUUUACAGUUAUGUACCAUUACGCUCCUGCAAAGAGCAGAACAUUGGACUCUGAUCCUUAUGGGUCCCUCCUAACUUGAUAUACUCUGUGGGGGAGGCAGAAGGGGCUGCGAUGCGGCUACUCCCCCACCGCCCUGCUGUGGGGCUUUUUACACCAUGAAGCGUGAAUAUUGUGGGAAUAAGAUAGUAGAAAAUGGAGAGCCGUGUGACUGUGGUUUAGAAUCAAACUGCCAAAAAGAUCCUUGUUGCCACUGGAACUGUAGCUUUACUGCAGGUUCAGUCUGUGCUUCUGGAAAAUGCUGCAAGAGCUGUAAGUUCCUUCCAGCUGGAACACUCUGCAGAGCAAGUAGUGUCAAGUGUGACUUGCCAGAGUAUUGCAAUGGGACUUCCCCUCAGUGCCCACCAGACGUGUACAUACCAGAUGGAACCCCUUGCAAAGACAGUGCUUAUUGCUAUCAAGGAAAAUGUCCUUCCCACACUGAACAGUGCCAGCAUCUCUUUGGCAAACAUGCCAGAGCUGCUCCUUUAGACUGCUUUAAAGCAGUGAAUACUCAAGGUGACCAGUUUGGGAAUUGUGGUAUUCAUAACAAUAUCCAUUUUACAAAAUGCAGUAUUGAGAAUAUCUUAUGUGGGAGGAUCCAGUAUGAAAACAUAAACAAAUUGCCUUUCCUGCAGAACCAUGUAACGCUAGUCCAGACCCCUGUUGAAGAUAAAUCGUGUUGGGGUCUUGACUAUCAUGCAGGGAUGCCAAUAACUGACAUGGAAGCUGUGGAAGAUGGCACGUCAUGUGGUAGUGGUAAGCUUUGCAUCAACAGGACAUGUACCAGCCUAUCACUGCUGAAACACGACUGUAAUGUGAUGAUGUGUCAUGACAGAGGAGUGUGUAACAAUCGUCAAAACUGUCACUGCAGUUAUGGCUGGGCUCCUCUGUAUUGUGAACAGGAACGAUUUGGAAGGAGUGUUGACAGUGGACCACCUCCAGCCAGAAAUAUUUUUCAGAGACAAGAACUGGAAGUAACAGUACUUAGCAUUCUUGCUCUCUGUCUCUUUGUAUACGUAUGUUACAAACAGGAGAUAAGUGGGAUGGCUUAGGAGGAAGAAGGCCCAGGGCCACUGAAGGUACUAGUUGUUUCACACAGUGGAAAUGUCAGCAGUUCCUAGAGAUCCACUCCGAAGCAUUUGCCAAAGACCAACAAGCUGCAGCUUUGGAUGCUCCUGGGGAAAUCUCCUUACGCACAGCCAGCUGAUAACUCCUGAAUAUAACAUUCAGCACAUUCUGAAUAGUUCUAAUCUGAUGCAAUAACUUUAAAUGGAGAGUGAAUGUUACCUUUUCUUUAUUUUAAGUUAAUAAAUGCAGGCAGUAAGGCAUGCUGUUAGUUUUUUCUUUGCACCUUGAGCUCUUAAACUGAACUAGUUAGGCAAACUGUAGGUAUUGUUUUUAUGCUUCAUAUCAAUAGUUUACAAAUGUAAACUUUUUAAAUUACUUGCUCUCAUCUUUCUAAUGGCAUCUAAUGCUUUUUCCAGUUCAGGGGUAGAGAUGUUUGAGAACAUGUUUCUUCUGGCAUUCAUUAAAAAACAAAGAGAAGAAAAUUUCUCUUGCAGUCUUUAUUUCACAUCCAUGACAGGCAGGCAGGUAAGAAAUGGGUAUUGCAAUAAGAUGCAAGUGUCUGUGGUAUAAGCUCUUCCAAUUGUUUUCAGGGAGUAGCAGUUCAGGAGGGAGGUAGAGCAUGGGGAAAAGGGUCUUCAUUUUGUGAGACAGUAGAGAAGUAUUAUCUAGAUCAUACCAUUACGAUUCUGAACCGUCAGAUAUACAUCAAGAGUGUAGUGACACCAAACUUGACAUAUCAGAAGAACAAAUUGUCUUUCUUUUCUGGAAACUUUCCAGUGUCUUGACUACUGUGUUCUUUUGAGAAGUGCUAUGUGUUUUACUGUCGCUAAGAGGAGCUGUCUGUGAGGUUGCACAAGUUAACUGAUUUCUAAAAUACUUGGAACUGUUCUAGCAGUCUCAUCCACCCAGAAUACCUGCAAUAUUCUAUAGAUGUUUUAUCUGACUCUCUCAGGGGGGUUCUCUUGGUUUGCUGUGUGAUUUCUUCUUAAGCUAUUGCUGAAUGUGUCCUUGCAGCUCUACUAAGCGCCACACAGGAAGAAACUUCAUAUGUUUCAUUUUUUAACACGAGAUGAAAUAUGUCUAACUGAUGAAAAAAUAUGAGGCUUGUGGAAAUACCAUUUGAAAAUUUGUUGGUUUUUUUUUUUACAUUACAGCAGUGACUAGAUCCUUCAACCAGAUCAACAUAAAGAGGAGUCUGUAGUCCAGAUUUACAGUUAAAAGGGUUUUUUAAAAAGGAUUUUCUGGAUUAAGGGCUAUAAUGCACCUGUCUACUACCAGAAGAAUUAUUUGUAUUCAGAAAGCAAAGACCACAUUUUUAGCAAACAUUCUAUAUAAAGGCAGGCAAGUACCUCAGCACUUGCAGUGUUUGGGAAGAAAUAUGUUAGUGACUCUACAAACGAUGAAGGUAAAUUCUUGCUGCCUCCCAAUUAUGACGUUUACAGUUUUAGACUACAUGUUUUCCUGUACUUUUUUUUUUUUUUUAAUAAUUGUGUUGUGCAUCCAAAAAGUGUUGGUUACCUUAUGACUGGUUGUGAAAUACAAAGGAACAGCUUCACAGUUCUCCAUAGCUUUUUGUCUAAACCAAAUGGGACCUAUUAAAUUGUUGCCUAUCUGUGUCUGGGGAAAUGAGGUAACACCUUCUUUGUUCUGCAGACUA